CGCACUGCGGAUGGGCGGAGUCUGCCCACCCGAAUUCACUCCUGACGUAAUCACUGGCUACGCGUAACAAACAAGUUCUGGUUGUUACCUCAGCAAAAACAACACAGAGGAGAAUGGGACGUGUCGUCGGCGUUGUUUGUUGGGCAACAAGCCCGGCCGUCCCUACUGAACGCUUGUUUUUCAGCGUUAUAUUCAGGGGCUAGCCGACAAGGGAGGCUAACGGGCUAGCCAAGCACAGGCAGCUAGCGAGGGGCUCGACUAGCACAACAGUCGCCUUUCGGUUGAUCCACGGAGCUCCCACGACAGCCGUUUCCACUCUCAGAGAAAAUGGUGUACCUGUUAAAUCCUCUGGAGAACCUGAGAAGCUACAUCAAUAACCGUCCACCGCUGGUGAUUUUCAUGAUCAGCGUCAGCGCCGUGGCCAUCGCUUCCCUCACUGUCGGCUACUUCUUCAAGAUCAAGGAGAUCAAGUCGCCAGAGUUGACGGAGGACUGGAACACGUUCCUGCUGCGCUUCAACGAACUGGACUUCUGCGUGUCUGAGAACGAGACCAUCAAACACGGCCUCAACGAGUCCACCACGCCCGACAGCCUGGUGGUGACCAGCGGGCAGGCGCGUUCCAGCACGCAGGUCCCGCUGAUCUCUGAGGACCCGGGCUUCGUCAACAUCUCGGUGCCCAUCACGCUCACGCUGGACCCCCAGCGUCCAUUCGGGGGCUUUUCUCGCAACAUCACCCACCUGUACGCCACCGUGUUAGGGCAGCAGGUCGGGCUGUCUGGCCGUGAGGCCCACGAAGAGAUCAACAUCACGUUCAUCUUGCCCGUUUUCUGGAAUGCAGACGACUGCAUAUUGCACGGCCACUGUGAGCAAGUGGUCUUCACUACUUGCAUGACCAUCACAGCCGCCAUCAAUGUCUUCCCGGUCACAGUGCAGCCGCCUCACUGCAUGCCGGAGACGUACACCAACGCCACCUCUUGGUACAAGGUGUUCACCACGGUGCGGGACUCUGACACCAAGUACAGCCAGGACUACAACCCCUUCUGGUGCUACAAGGGCGCCAUUGGCAAGGUGUACCACGCACUCAACCCCAAGCUCACCGUCAUUGUGCCCGAUGAUGACCGCUCCCUCAUCAACCUCCACCUGAUGCAUACAAGCUACUUCCUGUUUGUCAUGGUUAUCACUAUGUUCUGCUAUGCUGUCAUCAAGGGCAGGCCCGGCAAAGUACGGCAAAGCAGCCCCGAUUUCUUCCCCGAAAAGUACGACCACACGCCGGUGGCUCUGUCAGAAGGUUAAGCGGGCGUCUUAAAGCGGUACAAGAAGAUCACAUGUGAAAGUCAUUCUAAACAAAAAGACCCAGAGAAAAGCACUCAGUUGCCUGGUGGUCACUGUUUGGACUUUAAAAAAAAAAAAAUGACGACGGGGCACAAAAGCACCCUGUGAAUGAUUGAACUCCUCCUCGCAAUGUUGGGAUUGUCCAACCAAAGAUACAAGUGCCUGCAUCUGUGGUGGAAAUAAGAUGUAGGAACAUUUUGGUGUUCAUUACUGUUGAUUUGCCUGUUGGGUGCCAUAUCACAGCACUUUCAUCCAUCCAGUCUAGCUUGUUGGUAAACAUGCAUCUAUUUACAAAGGCCCGCCUAAACGGGAUGCGGCGGAGCACUUUGCUAGCAUCGAAUCUGAUUGUGCAGCAAAACCAGGCUAAACUAUUAGCGUUGAAUUUGGUUGUCUGAGUCAGUAGACUACUUCCUGGCCGAUUGAGACUGACAGACAAAUGGUAACAAAUAACCUAAGUGCAUCGCUAGGCUAAAAAAAAAAAAAAAAAGGAUCCUAACCCCUGAUGUGCUAGCCGCUACAAAGGUUUUUUUUUUCUUUUCUUCAUUAAAAUGUCCAAAUAUGUUAAAAUAGUCGGUCUGUUUGAUUAAAACACACUGAGAACGUGAGAUGGCACAAGACCCAACAAUGCGGCAAACCUUUGACGCAUAAUGUGAAAGUUGAUGGCAAACACCGACUGAUUCACUUCUUCAAGACAGCACGAGAGCCUAAGCUAAACAAUUAGCGCUGAAUUUUGUUUGUUUUUCCGUCCGUUUGUUAGCUAUCUCGCUGGCUGGUUACUUCCUGGUUGACAGAGACGUUUUUGAAACCCAAGGAAGUGGCAGACGGUACCAUUCCAAAGAUAGUAACUCAAACAGUGCAAGUAAAUUCACGUUCGCGUCAUUGGAUGUGUGCACUUUUCCAUCAUCGGACUCGACUAUGCAUCAAACAUUACACGUUGCAUAAUGUGAAAAUUCAUCAACGCCGAUUGCGUCACUUCCUAAAUUGAAAGGCGGCAUUGAUUACUCGGAAUAGCAACCAGGGCUAGCCAAGGCUAAGCUGACUUGUUUGUCAGCUAGCAGGCUACUCACUGGUUGAUGGUGGCUGAUUAGUACGCUAAUCUGCUCUGUUCUUCCUUAUCUGUUAAAAAAAGAAGUAUGUUUUUGUGAAAAUGGUAAAAAUGCUCGGCAGGUGUCUGUUAAAAUGCACCGAGCGAGACACUUGAGCACAUUAAGCAGAAUCUGAACAUUACAUACUUUACUCUUCCUGUGGUUUAUCCAGCUCGAGUUUUUGUUUUGGUUUUGUUUGUUUUCACACAUUUUGUCUUGUUGGAAGAGAAACACUUGCCUUACCUGCCAUGGACUAGCUUUUCGGCCGUUGUCUUCCGGGAUGAUGAACUGUCAAACAUGUCGCUCAUAGUUAGAAACAUAGUUAGUUGUAGUUGUUUUGGGGUUUUUUUGCACAUACAUUUUUUUUGGGUCAUUUUGAAUUGUGUAUCAGUUGUAUUCUUUCACCAAAAAUAUAUCAUUAUUGAUUAUAUUUAUGAUUAAAGUAAUUUAUUUUUUCUGUAUUAUAAGAAAAUGUGCAAAAAGGUAGGAGUGUUUGGCUACAUAACGGCGGUGUCAUUCUCUUUAAUGGUGUGUAUAAAGUAUACAUUUACAGUCAAGUUUCUUUAUUUCAUGCAACUUUGACAAUCAAGAUGUUUUAAUUUAUCACAUUUUCUUUGAGAGAAGCCCCUAUAUCGGCCUUCCCCCACCCCCAUUUUUUUCCCCCUUACCUUUUUAAUUUAUUUCCAUGAAAACUAAAAAUGUUGAAUGUACUUUUUUCUAAAUCCUGCUUUUUUUUCUUCAAGACUUGAAUCAUGUUUUUGUUGAUGUGUCAUAUUACAGGAAUUGUAUCAAACAGGUAUAAUGAGAAUAUUUGCAUUUUUGGGGGGUUUAAUUGCAAAGUCUUCCUACAAACUAUAAUAUUCAAGCAUGCAUCUGUUACACCUUCAUGUGUGUGUCGUCGCUGUGCAGCUCUGCAAAUGGCCUUAACAUGUUGUUUGUGUCUCUCACUGGUUAAACAAAUGGCUUUAUCGACAAUAAUGGCGAUUCAUUUCUACUCAUCGGGCGUUUCCUUGAGUUGUCUUGGUGACAUGCACUGCAGAGCUUAAGAGUUGGAAGCCAAGUGUGUGCCUUCUGCACUAAUCAAGCUGCAUCCUUGUAGAAAAGACUCGCGUAACUUUGGGAAGGCGGAGGUUUCAUGCGAUGUGAAUGCUGUAAAUCAAUACAAAGUGAAUUAAAGUGUCUCUUUAAGGUAA